AUGGUUCUCGCCUUGACAGACUCCCUGCCUCAGCCAGGCACUACAGAGCACUACAAGGCACUACAGCGCACUACCAGCGCCUGGUUACCAUGGAUCCAGAGGCAGGCCAGCAAGGGCGGCUCUUGUUGCACACGCCACCUGUCAGUGCAGGACGCCUCCUGCUACCAUCUCCGCCUCUUACAGUAUGACAAGAUUGACGCACAAACUGGCACGAGGCCACACAAAACAGCUGCGUGCAGCAACUUGUCUGUCUCUCGUCUCCCGUCUCGUCUCGCAAGCGCGCGACUCAUGGGGCGAAGCUCCUAUUUCCAAAACCCCCCCCACUCCCUAGCAAUUAGCAACGGGCGACGAUGGGGCUUCGAUGGGCCUGUCCAGCGCACCGGAGCUCGCGCGGGGUCUGUCCAGCGUUGUAGGGAAACACACGCCGUCAAUGCACGAGGGUCCACGGGGCCGUCGUCUGUGGUUGGGCGGAACCAGCGCCUUCGACCCAGCUCUCUGGGAGGAUGGUGUGUUACGGGAGCUGCCAGCGGGAGCACCAGCCAGCGACUCCCGUCAAUCCGCACCCAGCCCGUCGGGUCCAGCAGCGGCCGGUCGGGCUUUGGGGCGAGACUGAUGGACAUGAAUGGAGACGGCACGCCGUUGCUGAGCGCACAGCAUGCAGUAGCGCUGCAGCACGUCCUGCGUCUGUCGGCGCAAGGCGCAUGUGCUGGGGUGCGAAUCGUCUGCCGUGCUGUAUCCGUAGGUGAGGGAGCGUUGCUGGCAAGCUCGAAUAGACGUGGCCAGGCCACGGCAAGGUGGGGGGAGGCUCCCGACGAAUCCCGGUUCAAUCUGGCUUCUCAUACACGUGCAACUAACUGUACGCCGCCCGCAUAUGGCGAUUUACAUCGGAAGACAGGCAUUCGUUGCAGAAUGUCUACGGAGGCGAGACAUGAAACGAGUUUGAACCCUCCAGCCUCCAGGCAGCUUUCCGGGCUCAAGCACAUGGCGGUGGAUGAAUUCCCCGACCUGAUCCUGGCGAAGCUAGCACAGCACCGUAUUCUCGUCCUAUCACAAGUCGGCUGCAUCAGCCCGUCUCAACAGUAA